AUGAGUAGUCCACCCACGCAUGAGGCCUCCGCCACGGUGCGGCCCGCAGUGGCGCCAUCUGCUGCUGAGGAAGUUCCACAAGUAGCUACCGAGUCACAGCCCUCGGCUCAGGACACCCAAGAGGAGGUCAUCGAAGCGGCACCCCAGGAAAAUGAGGUGACGAAUGCUAAUAUGGGAAUCCAGCAGGAAGAAAAUGAGGGCGAUGAUGCCGAUUCCGCUCUUGGCGACGAGUGA